AUGAGGCUGUUACUCACUUUACUUGGCCUACCAUGUCAGGCUGUGGCCAAAGCCGUAUUUGCUCACUUCAUGAUGGCAAAUACGGCCCAAUACGAUGUAUCUGAUUGGAAACGAGACAUCUCACUCGCGAAAGAAGCCCAUCUCGACGCUUUUGCAUUGAAUAUGGCGUACGGUAUGCCAGGGAACGAACAAUCAGCCGCGAAUGCAUUCUUGACAGCUGAGGAUUUGGGCUUUCAGCUCUUCUUCUCAUUUGACUAUGCAGGAAACGGGUCGUGGCCGCAGUCGCAGAUCAUUUACUACCUUCAAAAAUAUGCGUCAAGUCCGGCAUAUUACAAGCAUCAAAAGAGGACUUUUGUGUCGACAUUCGAAGGACCGGAAAAUGCCAAUGACUGGAUCGCCAUCAAGAAUCAAACGAAUUGUUUCUUGGUUCCUGACUGGUCAUCGGUCGGAGCUACAGCUGCACUCAAGCUUGCGGGCGGUGUUGUCGAUGGAUUGUUCUCAUGGGCAGCUUGGCCAACAGAUUCUCAACAAAUGAACACAUAUGUGGACGCAUCGUAUCUUGAGUGUCUCCGACAAGCUGAGAAGCCCUAUAUGAUGCCCGUCUCACCGUGGUUUUAUACAAACAUGCCAGAGUACCAUAAGAACUGGGCAGUUCAUGGUGGUGAUUUGUGGUAUGAUCGGUGGGUGGAGAUCUCAUUUAUUCAACCAGAGUGGGUUGAGGUAAUCUCGUGGAACGACUUUGGAGAGUCACAUUAUAUAGGACCCCUGAAUUCAAAGGGAUACGGUGUCUUCACUUCCGGAAAAGCCCCGUAUAACUACGCAGAGAACAUGCCCCACGAUGGCUGGCGGCUUCAUCUCCCUUACGUGAUCGAUACUUACCGCACGGGAAUGACGAACAUGACGGAGGAGAGCUUGGUUGUGUGGUAUCGAACUGAGGUUGGAAGUUCUUGCUCAGGAGGAAAUACCACGGGCUUCACAUCGACCGAUUUACAAAUCGAUACAAGUACCGGAUACUGGGUCAAGGACAAAAUAUUCUUCUCGGCCCUCUUAGCUUCCAACGCAUCGGUUAAAGUGACCAUCGGAGGGAAGGAUUAUGACGCAAAAUGGGAGUAUGAGCCAGACGGAGGUAUAGGUGUUUAUCAUGGUAAUUUCGGAUUGAAAUCCGAACAUUUGGGAGAGACGACCAUUUUGAUCUCACGUGAAGACGAAGAAGUGGUGCACAUGGACGGUCGUUCUUUGACCUCAAGCUGUACGAGUGGAUUUAUCAACUUUAAUGCAUGGGUUGGAAGUGCGACUUCAGGAAAGAAUAUGUCAGCAGUCUCUCCUGAACUUGCGCUGUCAGACCAAGUCUGCAUUGAGGGAUCUGGCUCAUCAAACUAUACCCAGAUCUGCGAAUUUACGUGCGAAUAUGGAUAUUGCCCAAUUGACACCUGCUACUGCACUGCAAUGGGUGCUGGUAAGAAGAGGCCCAAGGCCACGAAGAAAGAAGGGGAGCCUAGGAACGGUGAUGAUAGCUUUGAAGGACUGUGCUCUUUCGCUUGUUACUAUGGCUUUUGUCCCAAGGAUGUCUGUUACUCAAAUAAUGAAACAGCAAGUGCACCACCUCCUGCGCCUUCUUGUACCUCGGGAAAAAGCAAUGGAAAGGAUUCUAGCUGUGGACAUCAUACCAGUGGACAUUCCAGCGAGGGAUCCAGGGAUGUUAUUCCUUCUCUUGUCAUCCUUGUUAGCCUGUAUCUUGCAAUAUCGUUGCUCAUCAAUUGGUGA